CUUCUUCUUUUAUCCCAUCAAUGUCUCUUAUUUCUUUUCUUGUUACCCUCUUUUCUUUCCUUUGUCACUCACAUGGAACCCCUACUUGAAGAAGAGGAACAGCGAUUAGACCGAGUUGACUCACUCCACGAGCCGGACCUGACUUCAACCAGCUCAAGCCUGUCCUCGGUAUUCAGUGCGGUUGAUUCUAGGAGCGCGACGAGUUCCGGCGAUAUAUCCGGAACGAGCGGGAGUUCCGGCGAGAUCUUAACGGCGGAUGCUGUGGUUCCGAGGCUGCUCGAGCCUGCGCCUGCAUGUGAGGAGUUGAAGGUGACGGUAACGGCGAGGCAGAAAUGUGUUGGGAGGAAUAACAAGGGAGUGACGUGGGGGUUCACUUCGGUGAUCGGGAGACAGCGAGAGAUGGAAGAUGCCGUCGCCGUUGUACCGGCUUUCAUGUCUCUCACGUGUGGUCACGUGGGAGGUUGUACGGCUCCUGGUUCUAGAACCUCCCCUGAGAUCUCCCCUAUCCAUUUCUUCGGCGUUUAUGAUGGCCAUGGUGGUUCUCAGGUGGCUAAAUUUUGUGCUGAGAGGAUGCACGGAGUUAUAGCAGAAGAAUGGGACCGUGAAGUGGAUGAGAGCUGUGGGUGGCAAAGGAGAUGGGAAGUGGCAUUAUCCACUAGUUUCGAGAGGGCUGACAGUGAAGUCUUGACUGCAGCAGUUGCACCAGAAAUGGUGGGAUCAACUGCUGCGAUUGUAGUCUUAUCUGGUUGCCAGAUUAUAACAUCCAAUUGUGGUGAUUCGAGGGUGGUGCUUUGCCGUGGAACCGAAACGAUUGCAUUGACUGUUGAUCAGAAGCCUGAUCGACAGGACGAGCUCAUGAGAAUUGAAAGAGAGGGAGGGAGGGUCAUAAACUGGAAUGGUGCAAGGGUCUUUGGAGUUCUUGCAAUGUCCAGAGCAAUAGGUGAUCGCUAUUUAAGGCCAUGGGUAACUCCAGUGCCGGAGGUUACCUUCACAAACAGGACUGACGACGACGAGUGUUUAAUAAUAGCCAGCGACGGGUUAUGGGAUGUAAUGUCAAAUGAAGAGGCCGGGGAGGUAGCUCGCCGCCUACUAAGACGGCGACGGCGGAGGGCAUUGAUGGGCGAAGUUGAUGAUGGAGUUUCACCGGCACAAGCGGUAGCUGAUAAUCUCACGGCAAUUGCCAUAGGAAGAAACAGUUCUGAUAAUAUUUCGGUCAUCGUUGUGGAUUUAAAACCCAAGAGGAAAUCGCCAUCCAAUGCGGUGAAAAAAAGAUAAAAUAAAAAAAGUUGGUUCUGCAAACCAUAUUAAUCCACACAUUCAAGUGGUUCCAUAAAUUGAGCAGAUUUUAAAAAAAAAAAAAGAGUCAUCAAAAACGGUACACAUCUAUUUCUUUUUUUUUUUCAAAUAUUAUUUCUUUUUCUUAAUUCCUCCUUGGUAAAUUUAGUGGGAGAUGUUAAGAAGCUUUGUGUGUCUUUUCAUCACCACUCGUGUAAUUUUUUUUUUUUUUUUUAGCUUUGAUAAAUAAAUACAUAAAGUGAAACAUGUUAGCUAUAUAGAGUGUGGUUCACAAUUUUCUUUUUAUACAGUGAGGAGGAGUGUGUAUUUCAGAGCUUGAUCUGUGCAAACAUCAAUUACCUUUACAACUAACAUUAGUGAAGCUAUUGAUAUAGUUGAUGAGAUUGCAUGGGUUGGCGUGAGAAUUGAUUGAUUUGUAAAUUGGUGUGAAUUAUUAAAUUGAAAUAACAAUAAAAAUAAGUCAUGAAUGCUCUAAAGUAAAUCUGAGCUAGA